CCUGAGAAAAGUAGAUCCACGUCAUGGAAAUAAAAAUAAGUCCAUGUCAUCAGAAAUCAAUAAUGUCAACACUAUAGACAACUGUCACUUCGCUAAACCUACAAAGAAACCAGACGUUCAUGAUAUUCGUCCCCACAAAGGUUAAACAAUGGCAACAAUUACCGUGACAGGGGCAGACGGAAACGCAAAAAUAAAGAACUCAAGCGUUACUGGGAUUCAAAACAGUAACGGAAAACUUCCAUCACAGAAAGAUAUCAGGAAAAUGGAAGUGACGGGUGUCAAGGGUAAUGCUGAGGUAGACAAUUCUGUCGUUGCCGGCAUUAAUAACGGCCAAAUGGGAUCUGUUGAAAACAGGCAGCAAACAUACAAUAUUGGAACUGCCCACGGCGUCGUAGGUGGGCAGGACAUGCAAGGCGCAUCUGUGAAUCAAGGGGGAAUCACAGGGCCAAGAUCAGGACCCAUUGCAUACUUCAAAGGCAAAGCUCGUUCGGACAUCUCUGAGGAGGACAUUGUUGGUCUCCUACAGGAGAAGAAGCUAGAGAAACACAUUCCACUAUUCGAGAAACAUGGCAUUGAUGGGGAUUUAUUGUCUCAGCUCAACGAGGAUGAACUCAAAGCAAACUUUGGCAUUGACGACUCGUUUGAAAGGAAGAAAAUACUGAAUCUAAAGAAAUAUAUCCCUCAAUAAUAUAUUCGCUCAACCAUCUCGACUGUUAAAAGAUCAUAUGUAAUGGAUUGUCUGUGUCGAUGCUAUCAAUGUCAUUAUGAACUAUCAAAAGGCUUCUCACUGUAGUUGGAUCAACAUACUCUUCCUUUAUCAUUUGAACAGUAGAUUUUGCAUUGCCUCAUGCUAUCAUCCAUCAUUACACAAUAAACAUUAGAUCUGAAAA